AUGGGCGACGUGUCUUCGACCCGACUCUAUCUGGGAAAUCUCCCGCGCAAUGGUACGCUUCUGCUCGCCGACGUCGAGAACCACUUUGCCAGCCAUGGAACUGGUGAGAUCACCGAGAUCAAGCUCAUGAACGGCUUCGGCUUCGUCGAGUACAAGGACGCCAUGGACGCCCGCGACGUCGUUCCCGCUUCGGCUACAUCGAUAACCCCGCUCGCUUGUCCUCUUACUGAUCAUCCGCUAGAUGGUUCCGACUUCAUGGGCGAGCGUCUCGUCGUGCAGUUCGCUCGUGGCUCUACUCGUCCUCGCGAGUACGGUCACCCUGAGCAGCGCGCCCCUCCUCGUCCGCGCCGUACUGUCCACCGCAUGUCCAUCUCUGGCCUUCCUUUCGAAACCAGCUGGCAGGAUCUCAAGGACUUUGCUCGCCAGCCCGGCCUUGACGUUGUUUACUCCGAGGUCGGACGUGACCGCGAUGGCGGCGGUAACGGAAAAGGUUUUGUGGAAUACGAGACCGCUGCUGAUUUGGUUUCCGCCGUGGAGAAACUAGACGGACAGGAGUUUAAGGGAGCCACUGUCCGUUGCAUUUCUGACACCCAGUCCGAAAUUCCUCGCAUGCCACCCCCACCUCCUCGCGAUAACCGUUACCGCUCGCGCUCGCCUCCCCACCGUCGUGGCGGUGGUUACGGCGCACCUCCUAUGGAUGACUACUACGACCGCAGAGGUCCUCCCCGCGGCGCUGGUGGUUACAGUCCUCGCCGUGAUGACGGCUACCGCCGCAGAAGUCCUCCACCUCGCUACUAUGACGACCGUAGAGAUCCCUACGCUCGUUCUCCUCCACCCCGUGCUCGCGGCCCUCCAGUUGACGAUUACCCACCGCCCAGAAGCCGUGCUUAUCCUGCUGACGAUGGCUAUGGUGCACCUCCUCCAGCUCGCCGCUACGAGGCUGACCCUUACGCCAACGGUCACGGCAGAGAGCCUAGAGAACCCAGAGAGCCAAGGGAGCCUUAUGGCCGUCCUCCCAGCCCUCCCCCAAGACGCGAGCGUGGCUACGACGCAGGCUACGACCGUAGACCUUACUGGUGA